AUGGUUUCUCCGGUGGUAAAGACCAUAUUUUACCGUGGUCUACUGCCAUUCUCGCUGUUCGCAGGUAAUUUUGGCCUUUUUUAGGAUGUUUGUUGAUAGUUUUAGAGUUAACAGCGUCUAUUUUCAGCGGCAAUUAUUCGCCCAUCCUAUUUGUCAGUGUUAUAUGGAUUUCUGGGACUUCUUGGACCGUUGCUACCUCCAGUCAGAAAUAAUUCGUCAAUUUCUGGUAAGCUUUAUUUUUUUCGUUUGAAUUUUAGAAAAUGCAGUAAUGGAAUGGCGUUUUGAUGUUAUACUAACCACUUUUGGGCUAUUGUGGGCAUCAUUUUACACAUAUAUUACACUUGGAAUCAAGUGUAAUAUAAUUUUUAUUUCUGCAAGUAAAGUUGAUGAUUUGGGUUAGAAGAGCUGUAAUAAGUACUGCAGUUUCCAUUUUCAGGCGCGACUUCAAGCUAUCUAUUUAUCACUUUGCUGUUAUCAACCAUCACUGCUGUCGGGCAGAUAAUCUUCCAAGUUACCCAACAUUUGGCCAUCACCAGCGACGCAGUUUACAUCGAUCGAUGUAACAACAAAGAGUUGUUUCGAAUUCUUUUCAAUUUUGGCUUUGUUUGGUACGUUUUUGUAUUUUAUUUUGAGAGCUUUGGAAUUUAGGGUUCAUCCAGAUCAUUGGCCAGAUUCCAUUCGAAUCGUAAGCCCUGAAGGUAUUGUGCUAGUGUCAUCCUUUAUCACUUCGGCGAUCUGCAUUUUUGGAAGUACGGUGCCAAGUCCAGGCUCGUCUACCGAGAAUAUUGUGGAGUUGCCGAGUACUAGUGCAAGAUCAAGGUAAUUUUGAUGAUUCCGGUCUUAAAAUUAGAGAUUUUCUGGGCGAUUUACAAUCCUAUUGUACCUUCGAGAAUUUUCUUUGAUGUUGAAAUAGAAAAAAAACUUGGUAUAUGUUGAUCUAAUUUUAUAUUCAACGAUUUUUCCCUAGAACGGUCAAAAUUCGAAUGUCUUGGGUGUUGUUUAGCUAAAUUUGUUGUGAUUUCAGUGAGACCCAGUCUCCAUCAAAGCAUCAUCCACGCAGCGCAUGUUUACCGGUCCUCAAGAAGGUCUCCGACGUCUGCGUCACACUUUUCUUGGCGGCAUUGGGCAUGGUUAAUGUAAGUUUGAUCUAUUUUUUGUAAAAACUUUAGUUUUUCAUGUUUUUUCUUGAUAUUUUUGUCUUUUUAUUGAAUUGUCAGCUAAAAUACAGUCUUAUUUUGCCCUACUGGAUUGCAAUUUGACAGAUUGAAGUGAAUUUUUCACCUUAUUUUAGCCCUCCGCCCUGAACUUUGUCUACUUUGUAAUUGCGUUGAUGUUGGUCACCUGGUGGGCACUUUACACCCCGCUCAAACGGCGAACUCUCAAUCGAAUCAAGCUCUAUUUGAUCUUCUACACGGCGCUUCAUUUCCUCCUCUAUCUGGCCUACCAAGUCCCAGGCAGCCAAUGGUUCCUGCCUUCAACUGAAUGGCCCUCGAAAUUGAGCGGACUGAACCCGAUCAUUGAGGCGAAAUGCGAACGUUUCUGGGAGAUUGGGUGGGCCGAAGAGCAGUUGUGGACGUACUAUGCGAAUUUCUUUGGAUUGCUCGUGUUUUAUCACAUCUUGAUCAUCCAGUAUCGCUGGACCAAAGGCGGAAUUCGCGGGUUUUCGAUUCAAGAUGACGCGGAAUCGAGUGUCCAUGAAGAGGUGGGUUCUUGAGACAUUUUGAGAGCUUUAGCGGAGAUUUAGGGGCAUGAAUUAGCCAAAAAAUACCAAAAAUUUUAUUAUUUUAGCUGUUUUUCAGCUUAAUGUUGGCAAAAAGCUUUAAUUUUUUUGUGUUUUUGUAAAUUGUAUGGGUGGAUGUUGUAAAAUUUGUGUCUGUAAUGUAUUGUCUAGGAUAAUUUGGUCAUGGAAAUGACGAAUAUGGUCCCCGAGCGCCCCGCUUCCACCGACGGAAGCACCAUCGACCAGUCCGAAGUGGACGGCCGCUGUUAUAUUGCGAUUGGCGUGGAGCCGGAGCCCUCCCCAACUCGAAAAUUCGCGAAAAAGAAAAUUGUGGUAAUCGGAAAAGCCUAUUAGAUCUUUCUGAGCUCUUACAAACAUCUAUGCCAAUCAAUUUCUAAUAUUACACUUGACUAACUGGUCUCUAAAGCAAUUUUUUAUCUAAAUUAUUUUGACUUAUGCUAUUCCUGCGGCUAAUUAUGAACGCUUAGGCUUUGUAACGUAUUUUUGGCUGCCAAAAAGAGGUCCACAAAAUGAAUUAUGUGCUUUGCUUGGGAAAACUUUGAGAUUUCUGUGGAUAAAUUGAUAUUUUUUGCGAAAUUUGAUGAUUUUUCUUUUAGCUUUUGCCAAAUGACAGCGAAGCCAACCCUGACGGAACAUUCCCCCUACAAAGAAUCACUUCGGAAGUCGUGGAUCGCCAAAAAAUUGCUUUUGUUUUCAAAGGUAAGGGCAAAGCUGAAGGUAAGACAAUAUAAUGGUCGAUUAUGGAGUGAUGUUGAAGAUAUUCGUCUCGAAAAUGGCUUUGUUAGAUGGCUGAGGUCAUAAUGUUUUCAGGAAGAGCCAAAGUCCCGUCGAUCUGGCGUCAGAGCUUCCAGCAGGUCUGUUAUUUCAUUCUCUACCACUGCUACGCGUUUGCCUUGCUGGCCAUGAUGACUUUUGCUCUGAUGUACCACUCUGUGUUCGGCCUCAUUUUCCUACUCCUACCAUGCAUUUUAUGGGCUCUCCCCAACUCAAGGCAGUGGUCAUUCCGCCUCAGUCCGGUCAUCGUCGCCUAUGCCGAGUUCCUUUUGAUUGCCCAGUACAUCUACAGUAUGCCUUUGGAAGAGUUCCUCCCACAGGACAACUACAUGAAAAUUAUUGGAUUCCAGCUGGCUGCGAAUAGAACUAUGGCGUUUAUUACGCUCGCUACAAAGGUAAGAGGGUGGGAAUUGGAUUUGAGGGACCUGGGAUAUUAUACUUGAUAUCAGUGAUAUCAAAUGGGAGAUUUUAGAUCAAUUGAUGGAAUUUUUUAAAUUUUUUGAGGAAAGAUAAGCAUGUAAGAGUAUAUUGUGCAUUUACGUGGCCUUGUGCACCUCUGGGAAGACAAUUUUGUUGGGUUAUUUUAUUGAACAAAUUAUUGAAAAAAAAAUUUUUUGUUGAAAAAGUAUGUUUAAAAUACGACGAAAUCUCUUCAUAUACAAAUAAGGACUAACAAAAAUAAAAGCAAAGAAGAAGUACGUCAAAAAUGCAAAUAAUCAACAUUACUUACAUUAUCCAUGUCACUUAUCCGUUGAAAAGAAGCGUAAACCGAAGCGAACCGCUUGCAAGUUGAUAAUGUGUCGAGCAUAAGCUUUUUGUCAAAUUUCGAGAAGUGCAAACACUUGAAUACGCAUUUUAAACAGCUUGUUUGACAAGUUUUGGGGAUAUUUGAGAGAUUUUUAGUUAAAAGUUGGGAUAUUCUAGAUUUUUUGGUACAAUCAUGGAAAUCCGAUGAUAUUUGGUAGGAAAUCGGCAGAGAAGAGUGUUUACGAUAUGUUCGGCUCAUUUUCUGACCAGCUUUUGUUUAUUUUUUUGGCAAAAAAACUUGUUCCAGAUCUUUCCCAGACAAAAAAAUGAUGUAAAGGAAUUUUGAAAACGCUUAUCACUCAAAAAACGUAUCAGUUGAAGCGAAAAAAGCUUUGUUAUCCUACUAAUAACAAUAGAAGUUACUUUAUUUUCAAAUAAUUGGAUGAAAAUAUAGCAAUUUACCUGUUUCUUGAUGAGUCAUUUAAAAAGAUACCUGAAGAAAGUAUUUUUUGUUUUGCCGCUUUUUUGAGUCCGAAAUUAGAGCAGUAGUCGAGAAACGCCUCGGGGUCGGAAGGAAUGGCGCAAAACUCGCGAAGAAACGGCGGUUUUUCAUCUUGAAGUCAUUGGAAUCGAAGGUGUUUUUGCGGAAUUUUUGCAGUUAUAGGAAAGAAUUUGGAAAUGUAAUAAAGUUUGAAGCGACCAAACAGUAAUAUUUUUUGUAAUUGCAGUGUUUAGAGAUGUGUUGAGGAAUUUUGAAACAUGUUUUUUGUUGAUUUUUGAGCUUCCGCAUGUUUAUUUCCCGUAUAAUCGAUUUUAAAGGGUGGAUGUUGAAGAUUUUAUUGGGAAAUGUGUUUUUUAUCCUCUUUUCGGCAGAUUCUUAGUUUCAAAUCUUAGAGGUGAAGAUUUGAAGGGAGAAAUGGCGAAAUUUUAAUAUGAUACUGUCAUGGAUAAUAUAAAAUUUUUUGACUUUAUGGUUUUUUAUUGUUGGAAAUGCGGUAAAAGUUAGUUUUAAUUGAUUUUACGGAGGAGUUUUUAAGAAAACAGCGAGAAUUUUGCCGAAAAUUUUAUGGAUAAUAUAAUUUUUGACAAGUUUCUGUGCUUUUAUGGGUAAAAUAAUUAAAAAACGCGAAAAAAUAAGGUCUUGAUCGGAUUGCUCCCCGAAAUUACUGUUUUUAGGUCUGUUGAUAUUUGAAUUCCUCGUUUGGGCUGCUAAUAAUCCAGCGGUAAUCGAAUUUGUGAUUAGCCCACUCAUGAAAUUCUUCUUUCCUUUCACGUUAAUUCCCUUUUUGAUAGCUCCUGAGCGAUUCUUUCCUUCCCCAAUUUUGCGCUCCCACCGGCGACGACAAAAUGACAUGGGGUUUCUGUUUAUAAACGAAAGGAACGUCGAUUUGUGUUUGGAUAUUAGACUUUGAGGGGGUAUUCCAAUUUUAUGGGGUUUGAAAAGUUUUGAGGGGGAGUUAAGGUAAAAUGUGAAUGGAAAGGGGAUUUAAAAUGAAUUUGGGGCAAGAUAAUAUACCAAGGAAGAAGAUGAUGACAUUUUUUUAGGUAAAAUUUGAGCAUUUUUGAUAUUACUUUUGAUAAAUUUUUGAAUUUUUUUUUCAAUUUUGAUAUAAAAUUGGGUAAAACGGGCUUGAAAAAGCCCAAUUUUUAAAAUACAAUUUGACGAUUUCUUAUCUUUACGAAAUUUUUUUUACAUCAUCGAUGUCACGGGAACAAAUCUAUGACCGCGACUUUAAACGGUCACAGCCAUUUUUGAUUAAUAAACUGAGCGAUUCCACCCCGAUUAAUCUGAUCAAUGUGGCUCAUUUUUUGAGUCACUGGCCAUGUUUAUUGUGUCAUCACAAUUAUGGAUCCGUCAAUUUUGAACUUUUAAAACUGAAUUAUUCAAUAAUUUGUUGAUUUUUUUGCGGGAUUUUUGAGACAUUUUAGGGUUAAAAAAGAUUUUUUUUGUGUUAUCCAUGAGAUCAAACAAAAAAUUUUUUUGAAUGCUGAUUUUUUUUAUUAAAACAUGGAUAUUGGGAUCAUAAGAAGUUGUUUUUUUUCAGUUCCUACUCCUCCUACCGCUCUUUGUCCUCCUCCGUUUGCAUCUCCGCGAGCACUUCUACGACUCCCUUUCGGAUCACGAACGUCAACGCCAGCUCAAUUACGGCACUUUUGAAGUCCGAAGAAAACAAUCAGCACAGGAGAGAAAGGCCAGCGAAGCCGAGGAAAGCUUUAUCAGAGGAGAUGUAAGCUUUAUUUUGGGGGUUUUUUGAAAAAAAUGGAAAUAAUUUUUUAUUAUGCUUUAGGUACUUAAAUUUUGACCCUUUAAUUUUACGGUAACUGCAAGUAUUUUUAUACAAAAUUCAUAGCUAUAUUUUGAAAUUUUCCAGACCUCGGCGUUUGAAAACAUCAGCAAGUAUCUCGCGUCCAUCUGGAUCUUCGUUGUCGCCCUUGUUUUACUCUACAAUUGCCUCACCGAGCCCCCAGUUCUCUACGCCCUCGGAUAUUUCGUCCUCUGGAGCGGACUUAUUUGCAAUUUGGUGGUGAGUUCAGCCCAUUUUUUGGACGAACUUUUGAUCUUUAGAUAUCUUUCCGCUUCUUCCGCAAGUCCAUUUAUCUUCUCCUGACCACAUUAAUCGUCUAUUCGUCGGUGGUGAUCAUCUCCUUGUACAUCUACCAGUUCCCGGAGGUCCCCGAUUACUGGAAGGAACUCACCGGCCUCUCGGACGAAUGGAAUCGCGACAUUGGGUUGGUCGACUUCAAGUCCGAUAAGGUUCAAGCGUAAGUUUUGAAGAGAUGACUUCAAAAAUUUUUUUUUGAUAAUUUGCAUUUCGAGUAACAGAUGGCGUAUUUUACAAACCUAUUAUUUGGAAAUAUGUUUUUUUUUCAGAUCACUCUUCACGAGAUUCUUCAAACCACUGUCGCUUUUGGUGGUCACAAUGGUUCAACUCAAAUUCUUCCAAAGUUCUUGGACUAGAUUGGUCUCAACCCCCGAAUCCCGAAGCCGAAGCCCGUCGGAAGACUCUUUCGGACGGAGAGGAUGUAGGUUUAAGCUUUUAUGUAAGGAUUUUGGGUGA